UUUAGUUUCGGUUCUAAGGGAUUCCGGGUCCGCUGAGUGAGAACUUUGGAUUAAAAAAAAGAUCAUCUUCUAUUUAAUUUACUUUUUCUUAAAUUGCAACAGAUCACAAUGAAACUUGCUUUUGAUGUAGCUUACAUAAAAAACACUCGAAAAAAUUAAGCGUAAUGCGAAGUGAUAAGCAAUACACUAAUUGGGAAUUUUAAAUUCCAGUCUAAAUUUCAUACUCGCAUUUUUUAAAAAAAAAAAAAAAUCAGGUACAGGUGCAUAAGGGACUGAAUCACCUGUCGAUUUGCAUGAAAACUUUUUUUUGGAAAUCAAAACAACCAAUUUAUAUCGCCUGAAAUGGAUAGCCAUUAGUUAAGGGGGUAACCAUGGUUACAAAACGAAAUCCUAGAGCUCUGAACAUCGACUACGUAACCGAGUUUGAACGAAUACGAGAGUCCGGGAGGAGAUCUGGUUCUCUACAAAGGUCAAAGUCGAUGUACGCUUCAUCGCCGACCAGGGAACGAUUGCUUCAGUUGUCACAACCAAAAGAACCCAAAACAGAAUGGUACACAAGCGUUGGGCCUCAUCUACGUUGGGGCACACAGGAGAUGAUGUGGCCUAUAAAGAAAGAAACUUUAGAACGAGGCUCGACGGAGCGAUUAGAUCUCUUAGCACUGCCCAAAGUAAACUUUAUGAAAGGAGAUAAAGUAAACAGACCACAGUUCUUCUAUAGCUGCGGAAGAGCGUCGGUUUUAUGGAGAGUUAAAAACGAAGCGAAGGACGCCGUGGCAACAGAAAGGCUGCAGGUCCUAGCAGAACCAAAACGACCUCACAAGGAAUAUAAGGAUGACCGUGGGAAAACUUACGCGGAGAAGGUUUCUUUCCCAAACAUCCCACAGUUCAAGUAUAGCUGUGGUAGAGUGAGUCCAAUUGUUGGAGUAGAUCGCAAUGCAGUCUCGUGCGGAGAACGCCCACACAUCACCCAGCUGGCAAGACAUAAAACACCGCAUAAAGAUUUUAAACCCGAGAGACCGAUAAAAACUCCGAUAUCACAUGCAGCAAUGAAGGCUGAGGCUUCCGAGCGUAUAUUGUCACUAUCUACACCGAAACCCAGAGAUGAAGGACCCUUCAGAGAACCCAAAUGGGGGGUUUCAAAUAGUGCUAAAAAUGCUACAGCAACUUCAAGAUGCCUGGAAUUAGCCCGCCCUAAACCUGUGGUUGACGAUUACAAAUUACCACGUGAUGAGCAAUGGCCAAUUUCUCGUGCUGCGAAACGCGCUUCAUCAUCUGGCAGGAUAGAGGAACUUUCUAAACCGAUUGUGCGAGCAACUAUGGACCACGUGCAAUUCAAUCCAGAUGCGUUUCUUGUGAAACCAUUAGCGCUAAAAGGAGCAUUCCCUCCACGGAUUGAACAACUUUCUAGACCUAUUGAACGCUAAGAACAAACACUUCUGUUACAAAAAUUGCUACAUCUUUAAAUUAAAAAAUACUUAAAUUA